AUGUAUCCAAACCUGUACGAAUACAUUCUGUCCUUUAGUCGGCUUAUGGUGUUACAUUUAAAAAUGAUGAAUGAUUUCGCCUCUUCCAAAAGCAUUACCGGACCAGCAUUGCAUGCGCUAUUUCAGCUAUCGGGUGCAUUGCGCACCGUUUUAUCUCACGUACACGACCGACUUUCUUCCCCAGAAUUCAAAGUAAAGGGAGGAUUAGAGCUAACACAAAUCGAUCAGUCCGUGUCAUUGCUAGUGCGCGCUGCUGAGAUUUGCAUUAGUGAGACGGAAGUGCAAGCGAAUAUCAUUCGUACACUAAGCGUUUUGUCGGAGCGCCCCGACUGCUGCGAGCGUCUUGCAGAAACAGCCCCCCGUCUGGGUAUUUUGUUGGGCUCGGUAACGCAAACGAGCUCGUCAGUAGAAAGAGAGCUUGUUUCUUCUAAUCGGUUAGGGUACAUUCUUGGGAACAUAAUGGCUCGUUGCGAUGUGGCCCGUGUACAAUUUUACAACUGUGAUGUUUCAUGUGAUGCAUUGAUAGCGGCAUUAGAAUAUUAUGCGACAAAGCGUUUCACAAUCCGCAAUCAAAUGGGCGAUUCCAUCGUAGACGUGUUGACUAAACUUGUAAGAAUUGUGGCGAAUCGGCAAUCAUUAGGAGGAAUACUGCUCAAAUUGUUACUUGCCGCCAUCAAUCCAAAGACAUCGGAAUUAGAAGAACUGCUCUUCGCUACCCUUGGAGCUUUACACAACUUGUCUUAUUAUUAUGAAUUGAACGAGCCGCAUGAAGCUGCCCCGAAUACCGGAAGUAUUGGUCAAAACUGGAAAGCUAUCUGUGGUGCGUUAUGUCGUAUUCUAAAUAGUGACCACAACCCGACCAGAUCGGAAGUUGCCCGCGUUCUAGGCAAUAUGACGAGGAACAGUGUAAUACGGGAAGCAUUUUACGAGGAGAAUGGACUGUUGAUAUUGAAACGAUGUAUCAGCUCGAACGACGAUGAGCUCAUAGUAACUGCAUGUGGCGUUUUGGUGAAUGUACUAGGUGACUGGACUCGAAGAGUGCCGUUUCAGGAGCUCGAUGGUCCCUUGAUGCUGAGACAAAUCUUACAUCGCGGUGUAACUAAACGUGACUGGAUUAUGGCUGGCAUCACUUGCCAAGCAAUCUGGAACUAUCUUAUCGACGCCGGGGACAUUCUGCAGACAUUGAGCCAAGCUAGCAUUGAUUGUAUAUGCGAAGAUCUAGCAGAGACACUAGACGAAGAAACUCUAUUCAAUGGAAACAAACCUGAUGCUUUCUGGGAAGAAUUUGCGCCAGUCGCGGCCGAUCUGUUGGAACGAUUACAAUUUGGGAUAUCUGGAAGGAGCUCCACUGGUGAAACAUCGGAGGAUGAGCCAACCGAUCGCGACAAUUUUCAAGAGAAAUGAUAACGUAUGGUAGUAGAAUAAAUUUAAUUACUUCGGUAAGAGAAAGACGAUUCAAACCACAUUUUGAUUCUCAUUUUUACAUAUUGUUAACGAGGUGGUUUUUAUUAGAAUCGAACUAAAGUUUGCCUUGGAGGUAGAAAAACUGUGCAGAAACUAAACAAAUGCAUCUUUAUAAACUACUUUUUUUGCAUGUUAUCUCGAACAUUUUUCUUCCAAUUCACGUUUUUCGGUGGUUCAUAUAUUUUUUUCUGACUAUGGAGGUCGUGUUACGUAACUUUAAGCAAUAGAUUAAGGAUUGUUCAUUCGUAAGUAGAGGAUAGAGGAUUUGUUGUUCGU